AAUCGGCAGGUUUGCAAGUUAGUUGCGCAUUGAGUCUCGAACCACAGCCUCGGGCCGCGGGAUUAGGUGGGGAAUCGGCAAUCGGCAAUCGGUGGUAGGCGGGAAUCGGCAGGGUUGUGUAUUAUUCGUGGUUGUAACUUCGGCCGUGCUGCGUUUUCCGGCCAGCGCUGAACGGCCGGAACAGAGAACGAGCUGUAGCUGCCUCAAACCGUGCGUGAGAUUCGAGAAGGCGUGGUUCCCCAGAUCCGCACUCCACCACUGAUACGUAGUUCCGCUGCUGUUUUUCUGUAACAGGACUACAGGUGUCUUUUUCUUUCUGUCUUUGAGGCGAUUGAUCCUCCUCGUUCUUUCUCGUGCUCGGAUUCGUUCCAAGCGACUAACGAUCCUCCUUCCUCGGGGUCACCAUGGUUGUUGGUGGGGAUUGGCGUCAGAGAGCCGUGAGUGCGCUUAGGGAAAUAAGCCAUGGGAGCCGCGGCGCUGCGUCUGGCUGUAGCAGUAACAGCAACAGCCUCAAUCCCAGCCGUGGCGAAGGACUCGUCACUUUCGCCCGUUUCACAGCGAAUCUCUCCAGCGAGCGCUUGGUUCCGCUGCUCCUCUGCGCGCUGGUUACUCUACUCUCUUCUCUCCUCCUCCUCCUCCUCGUCCUCACAAACCCCUCGAGCUUGUCGCGCUCCGCUUUGAUCACACCCGCUACAACAGCCUUUCUCCGUUUCAGCGCGGGCAGCAGCUCCAAAGUUCUCCGCUGCCCGGUCAAUAUGAGCGACGUUACCCGGAGCACGUCGAUGGGAACCGACUCCGAUUUCCCGCGUCCCGUCCCUUGGGCGCCUCGACCAGGAAAGUUCCUCCUCGCGACGUGCGUGCAGGGUCAACUAACGAACCGGCAGCUCUGCGUGCAUAAGACCCUCUUCCUCGCGAUGCUCCUCAAUCGCACGCUUAUUCUCCCGCGGCUCGACGUGUGCCCGGGAUCCGGGCCCUCCCACAAGCUCUACGACUUGGCACUAACUAUGGACGUAGCCCACUUGGCGCAGUGCUUUAAAGGGGUAGGAGGGGCGAACCAGGGACCAGCAGGCGCGGGAGCAGCUGCAACGGAGUUCCCAGCAGGAGAUCUACCCGCCAACGAUACUAGCGUAGUAGUUCCGGGAGUGAUGACGCUGGAGACCUAUCUGCAGGCGCACAACAGCAGCGUUCUAGAGGUUGACGAGCUCGCAUGUGGGCUGGUCCCGGACCCCUCCGCCUGUGCCGACCUACGCAAGUGCAGCAGCAGCUUCGCUGCCCAUCUCACACCUAUCACCUUCCCCUCUAAUGUCUCCAGAAUGCUGCUCCCCCAAGGUCGGCUUGCUGACCUGGCAUCCAGGCUGGCAAUAUCUGCUCCGAAUACCGUCACUGCUCGGGUCCUUUGCCUUGGGGACCCCUUUGGAUUGCACACAUUGGAGUUUUCUCAAAACACUGCCUUCCUGCCGCCGGCGUUUCUUCCCACGUCCUGCGGUCUGCCCCUUCGGCCGCCUUCUGCUGUUGUGGAUGCUGCUGCUUGGUUCAUGCAGGAGUAUCUGGGGCGGGACUUUGCGGCCCUGCACUUGCGGAGGAAGGACUUCCUGGGGCGCUUCUUUAGCAACCCUGGAAAGUCAGCCGACUACUUCCCGCUUACGGCCGUUGCUGAGUGUGUGGCGGAGAGAAUCCGUGCUGCCAGCAGUGCUGCUGCAGUAGAUUCAGGUGCUGCUGAUGGUAAUGGUGGUGCUAGUGAUAAUGCUAAUGGUGGUGGGCUUGCUUCCUUCGAGAGGCCGCUGCUCGACGGGCGGCAAAUCCGCGCCGUCUUUCUGUGCACGGAUGCAGGCGAGAAGCAGGUGGAGACCCUCUCACGCCUUUUAGAGGUCCACGGAAUCACUUUGAUGAGAAUGAACAUGAUUGAAGACCUUGCCUUUCAGUCCUCCGGGGUCGACCGAAAAGUCGCUGAAUCCCCUGAUGCGGCAGCCAUGGUGGAAAAGGUCAUUGCGGCUAAUGCUCGGCUUGUGUUGUACGCCCGAGGGUCUAGCUUUUCGGGACAGAUAAGGUACUUGAGACGGAGCCUUGGGCUUGAGAGUUGCUGGGAUGAGUUUGUUUGUGAGGGAAAGGGAGAUGGUUUAUUGUCACUAUCCAAAGCCCUUGUAGGGGAAUAAUUUGCGUGAUAUCAUGUAGUAUAAGCUAUUGUGCAGCUGCUUGUUGGUUCAUCCAAUCUUGAAGUUGUAAUUCAACUUCCUA